AUGUGGAGAAUCCUAUGUCUAGCAUUGUCAGUCUUAGCAGAGCUCUCAACUAAGAACUCGGCCCCAGCUAUCGCAUCAAGAUGCAAGAGACUAGCCCAGAAGCGAGAGAACGGAGUGUGGACCUCUUCAAAGGUCUCGUCCACCUGUAGCACUUACGAUGACGAAGAAGCUGUUCGUAUUUGCAAAGAGGCUUUCCCCUCCCUGUUCAUUAUUGGAGUCCGACCGACAGGUGCUGAGCAUGUUGAGGGACCAUGGUGUCAGGCUACUCACGAGGACUGGUCCCGACCGUGCAAGGGAAAAGGACACAUGGUGAUGGUUUACGAAUGCCUUCAUCGGGACAAUAAUCAAAACUUGCGCAAGGAAAUUAAACACCAGGAAGAAUUCGUUAUCCCUCGAGGCGAUUAUGAAUUCACUACUACCACCAAACGACCAACAACUCCUCCGACAACAUCAACCACAACAUCUACAACUACAACAACAACCACGACAACAACCACAACUACUACUUCAACCACCACAACCACUAGAAACAAAGCAGAUAUCCCAACUGGUCCUCCAGCUCUUGCUGUUCCCCCAAUGUGUGCAUUCCGCCACACACCAAAAGUCAUCAACGGCGACAACUGCAAAGAUGUCACAAGCUGGCGAACAGUUGCCCAAGACGUCUGUGGCGAGACUGAUUUCGAACUUCACUCCUUUGCGCCAUUGGCAACUUGUGAAGAUCAUGAUGUUUACCAGGGCCUCCAAUUCGUCUGCUGUCCACCAAUCACUCAAGAUAAAAAACAGCCAACUCCAGUAACCGAAGAUGCUCCAACCGAUAAAGUCUAUGACCUCCCAGUGGCAAUGGCGAUUAAAUCGUCCCCAAGGGAUGUUGAAGUGAGCCGAAUAGAGCUUAAUGGGACCCCAUCUGUUGCUGCAGCCGCCGUUGCAGUCGGUGCCGCCUGUGUUCUUCUUCUUACGGCUUUGGCAGUUAUUACUGUUCGAGGACGACAGCGCGUACGCCGAGAACGACGUUUGGCUAACCAACGCACUCCAUUGAGUCCCGAAGAAAGACAUUUACAGCGUCUCCAAAGUACUGGCUACGAAAACCCAACUUAUCGAUUCUUCGAAGCUCGCCAGUGA